AUGUAUGUUCCCAUUUUUUUAUACACCUGGGGAGUUUUGUAUGGCCUCUUGUAUGACCAGUUCGCAGAAUGCUUAUGUAGGAGGAGCUCGCCACAGGGGAUAUUUCAUUUUGUGAGUCCCCAUUUGGGGUGCUCGGAGGGGGGAAGCAGUCAUGGGCACAAAAAGAGACGCCACCAUAAUUACGGGGAGAGAUACAAUCAUGGGUAUAUGCACACCCCCCGUCCUAGUUGCGGGCAGCGGUUCGAUCGACCUUCUACACACCGAUGUUGGACGAGCAGAGUUCACCUCGACACGGAGACUCAAAUUAGCGACGUUCUCCUCUACCCCGAAGAGGGUCCAAAUGGAGAAGCACAAUUGGGACAGAGAAAAAGACCCGCGUUACACGCAAAUGUUAAGUGUAAAAAAAAAGGAGGAACUUCCAGGAAGGCACUCUUCUUAAAGAACAUAUGUGCCAUAAUAAAUGAGCAGAGUGAAGAACGAAUGAAGCAAUUGGAUGAGCUAAACACAGGAAGCAGCAACGGCACCAACGCGUUGGAGGCUGUCCGCAAUGGUGGUAACCCUGUGAAGAAGAGCUCAGUGGCAAAAGAACUUUCCUUAAAUGGAGAAGUGAGCCAAAUUGUGGAAGCCUACUGGCUGUGCACUUUGAAAAAUAAAUAUUUGUAUUCAUUUUUAAAAAAGAAAAAAAAAUUAAUUUUCAGCGUCAGCGCAGGGGUGGAUUCCCUUUCCCUCUUGUACUCCUUCCUUUUUGUCGUGUACAAAAUUUUAGUGACCCUGCGGUAUAGGCACUCUCACAGUUACGAAUCCUUGUUACAAUUAUUAAAUGGUGUGUACUCAUAUUCGCAUGAUGAUAUAAACGAGAUUGUCCGCUGCAGUAAGGGAGAUAAUGGGGUUAAGUUCUUUGCCUCCGUUUUGAGGAACGUAACCGUCGUGUACUGUAACCACGCCACGAGGGAGGACUGCACCAAGGAGAAGAACUUUGUGAAAAAUAUUUGCAGGAGGCACAAGAUCAGGUUCCGCACCCAGGUGCUCAGGAGGAAGGGGGAGACUGCCGAACAGGAGGAAGCGUCCCCCCAAAAUCAACCGUACCUCAAACGGGGAAACAACUUUCUACUCCUGGCCAGAGAAUGGAGGAGACAAGUGUACGUGCAGCUGACCAGGCAGCUGGAGAGGGAGGCCAGGAGGGAAAGAAGCAUUCGAGGAGGGCAGGGGGGUGACGACCACAACUUUAUGUACGCAGACGGGGGGAGCAUGCCCAAGUACAGCUACCGGGAUUACCUGACCGACGUGGACUACUACAUAAGAUUAGCUAAUAGGAAGCCCAUCUCGGAGGUGCUGCUCAGGGGUGAGGCGCCAACCAGCACGCCGCAACAUAAAUUGGUAAAGACGCCGAUGGCCACUGCGCGCGCGUGCUCGCUCGUGAAGUCGCUAGUAUUUGUGGGGCACCACCGCAACGACAACAACGAAACGGUGCUGUUUCAGUUCCUCAGGGGGGCCUUCAUAAAAAACCUGAGGGGCAUCAAAUUCCUCACCGCGUUUAAGGACUGCCUAAUAUACAGGCCAUUUAUCAAGCUGAGCAAAAUCAACCUGUACAUGUACAUGCAGCUUUUGAACAAGUCGUGGCGCUUCGACACGUCCAACCAGAGCUUGUCCUCCUCGAGGAACUUUAUCAGGCACGUUGUCAUUCCGAGCAUUUCGUCCCUGUUCGAGGGCGGGGUUCCCACUGCAGGCAAUGCAGCCAACACAGCCAACGACGCUAACGCCGCGAAAAAGGUUAACACUGGUAACAACCCCGCUGUGAGGGGAGAGCUGCAAAGCAGCCGCGUGUACGCGUACCCCACGCUGGACAGAAAGCUCAGCAACAUCAUGGCCCAAACGACCAACCUGGACAGCCACCUGCAGUUCUACACAAACGUCUUCACCAUAUACCUGCACAACAAGUACUACUACAACAACAAGGCAAAUACACACACACAACUAAGUAGCAAUCCGUUCAUAAAAGAAUAUCACAUCAUGCAAAGCAAAUUGUAUAACUCCUUUUUUGGAAGUCGGAACGAUCAAAUGGAUGGUCUCAUAUCAAUUAACAAAGUUUUAUAUGAACAGAAUUUUUUUUUAAAAAUUUUUAAUUUUUUGGAGUUUUUAAUUUUACCCUCUACAUUUGUCCGUAUACAAAUCCUCCACACAAUGGUGAGGAAAUACACGGGGUGCAGUUUGACCUAUGCCAAUGUAGAUCGUGUGUACAACUCGUUGUACCAGUUUGUUCGAUCUUACUUGUGCAACACCACAGGGGAUACGCCAGCGGUGAAUAGCAACAUGGCCCUAUCUUCACUCUUAGAUGGGAAGGCAGAAGCACAAGGUAAAGAUAAAGACGAGGCGUGUACCCCAUCACCCAAGGGAGUAAUUUCUUCAGUUAAUGAAAAAGUACGAACUAUACAUUUGGAUGGAAGAAACAAAAUCCUUGUUAAUAGAAUCUUCUUUCGCAUAGUAACGAGUGGUGAAAAAAAAGAGAAGGACUCGGAGGAGCCCCGUCCUCCUCAGCUACGAGAAAAAAAUGCAAAUGUAUAUAUCCACGAUGAUAUAUCAGCACAGGUCUGCAGAAUCAAUCGCAGCAAUGUUAAUAGUGUGAUUAAUGAGAAGGGCACAUAUCUGUUGAUUAAAAAGAGGAGGAAAAAAAAAAGGGAAAAGUUCCAAAUAUACAUUCGUUAUUUAAAGCGGAAUGAUUUUGUACACAUUGGCAGAAAAAAGCCGAUCAAGGCAACGAAGUUCCUUUCCAGGCGUGGCAUUCCCCCAGUGUACAUGUUUUCCCUCCCCGUUGUGCAUAUAUCAAAUUUUAAAAAAAAUAAUUUGGUUUUUUUGCACCUCUUUGGGGACAUUAUACAGAAUGGAAAUUUUUCUGUUCACCAGUUUGUGCAGAUGAACGACGUACAGAGUGCAUUCGUUUACUCCAUUCGCUUUGGGAAGUAG